UUCUGAAGAUCAGAAAACUUCAGCGCGCUAGCUAGCUGGUUAGUUUCCGAGAAAGAUAUACUAAUUCCUAUCCAGGUCGAGAUGUCUUCUGUGUCAAGGAGCUCAUCCCGCGGCGGCGCCAACGCGGAGUGGAGCACCAGGGAGAACAAGCUGUUCGAGGAGGCCCUGGCCUACUACGGCGAGGGCACGCCCGACCGUUGGCUCAAGGUGUCCCGCGCCAUGGGCGGGACCAAGACGGCCGAUGAGGUGCGCCGCCAUUACGAGAUCCUCGACAACGACGUGAAGCUCAUCGAGUCCGGCAGGAUCCCGUACCCCAACUACAACGCACAGGGGUCUUGGAACUGAUUGAUCAAGGAGCGAAGCAUCUGAAGGGACUGCAAACAUGAAAAUCUGUUGAUAAUCUUGCGUCCUUAGCUGGGAAUAUGUUAUUGAAGCAAGCAUACUAAUAUGAUGUUAUUGUACUAAGAAGAUUGUGGCUUCUUGGUUAGGAAUAAAAUGAAGAAACUAUGCGUGCGUGUGCAUAUUUAGGUUUGUAAGAAAAUCAAUUAAGUGCCCUAGUUCUUGCACAAGCAAGCCUAUAUUUUCCAUUCCAUGUAGUUUUUACUCCUUCCCAAUAAAUGAUGGAGUAAACAUCAAUGAUGUAAAUCCCCUGUACUUGUGUGUAGUGUACUAGUGUUUAUCAAAUCGUGGUUGGUAGAAUA